AUGGUGAGUCGAGGGCAGGCCGGGGCGAGAGCGGCUGGAGGCCAUGCUCCUCCGACGGAGGUGGAGAGUUGGCUUUUUCUGGGUAACACGAGGAAGGGGCGGCGGGCAAAAGUGGGGUUCCUUCAGAUUCGCGGUUCCAGGCCCCCCUGGCGGCCCCCAACUCCCGGGCACGGCCCUGCUGAGUGUGCGGCCUACAAGCACCGAGAGACCGGGCAUGGCCGGAAGCGGGUGGCUGCGGCCGCCCCUGGGGACCCCGGCUGCUCCGGGGUGGGCCUCGUGCACGACCUGGCUGUCGCGUGCCGUGCCGUCGCUUUCCCGCCUUUGGGCCGCCGGGCCUGCGGGAGCCGGCCUGGAGUUGGGCGAGGCCCGCCGCGGCCCGGCCCCCUCCGGCGCGCCCCGCCGUCUCCCCUCCGCGGCCCUCCGCCGCGCCCCGGCCGUCUCCCCCCUCCGGCGCGCUCCGCCGUCUCCCCCCUCCGCCGCGCCCCGGCCUUCCCACCACGCCUCGGCUUCCUGAUGGGGGCUGGCGCGGGCUCCUCCGCCAGGGGGCGCUCCGAGGCCCGGCAGGCCGCCGCCAUUGGUGAGGCCCUGUCAGGAGUGGCGCCUCGAAGCAGGAGGCUGGCUGAGGAGAUUGCGAGUUCCAGGCUGGCUUGGGCGGGCUACAGGGCGGGACCCUGCCGCGGAGAACAUUCUGCCACAACUUCUGAGACUCCAAAUUCAACUGUCUCCAGGGAGGCCAGCAUCCAGUCUUCAGCAGCAGCCACCAGUCAAGGAUAUGUUUUGCCAGAAGGCAAAAUCAUGCCAAACACCGUUUUUGUUGGUGGAAUUGAUGUUAGGAUGGAUGAAACUGAAAUCAGGAGUUUCUUUGCCAGAUAUGGCUCAGUAAAAGAAGUGAAGAUAAUCACUGAUCGAACUGGUGUGUCAAAGGGCUAUGGAUUUGUUUCAUUUUAUAAUGACGUGGAUGUGCAGAAGAUAGUAGAAUCACAGAUAAAUUUCCAUGGUAAAAAGCUGAAACUGGGCCCUGCAAUCAGGAAACAAAAUUUAUGUACUUAUCAUGUGCAGCCACGUCCUUUGAUUUUUAAUCCUCCUCCUCCACCACAGUUUCAGAGUGUUUGGAGUAGUCCAAAUGCUGAGACAUACAUGCAGCCUCCAACCAUGAUGAAUCCUAUAACUCAGUAUGUUCAGGCGUACCCUCCUUAUCCAAGUUCACCAGUUCAGGUCAUCACUGGAUAUCAGCUGCCUGUUUAUAAUUAUCAGAUGCCACCGCAGUGGCCGGCUGGGGAACAGAGGAGUUAUGUUAUACCUCCGGCUUAUACAGCUGUUAACUACCAUUGCAGCGAAGUUGAUUCAGGAGCUGAAGUUUUGCCAAAUGAAUGCUCAGUUCAUGAAGCUACUCCAGCCUCUGGAAGUGGCCCACAAAAGAAGUCUGUGGACCGAAGCAUACAGACAGUGGUCUCUUGUCUAUUUAACCCUGAGAACAGACUGAGAAAUUCUCUUGUUACUCAAGAUGAUUACUUCAAGGAUAAAAGAGUGCAUCACUUCAGAAGAAGCCGGGCAGUGCUUAAGUCUGACCAUCUUUGCUAACUUAGUAGUCAAGGCAGCCUGUUGUUGACUACUAAAAGAGAUGGAAUGGUUUUCACUAUUACAGAGGAGUUGACAAUUCACACUCAGACUUUGUAUAAGAGUUCUAGUAGAUUGCCUAGUUUUAUGUUGAAUCUGUUCAUUAGAUGUUUAUAUAGAAACUAGUUUUGUGUUCACUAUAUAGUUAAAAGAAAAAUAAUUGCAAGUAAAAAGAAUAAAAAUUUUCAAAUAAUUGAAAAAUAGCUGAAAGGAAUAACUUUUAAGACUUAAAGGACUUUUAAUUGAAAUUGGCAUUUUAAGAGUUCAAAAACAAGUACUAAUUUUCAAGAAAAAGAUUUUAUAAACCUAUUUUGAAAGGUCAGAAUUUUGAUAGACUACAAGCGUUUCACUUCUCAACAGGUACCUGAACAGUACAGUAUUUACAGUAUUGUACUUUACAUUUAUUAUUUGUCUAAACAUUUGCCACAAGAGCAGAAUUUUUAGAACUGCAUUUUUAAUCAGUGGAACUCAAUAUAUAGUUAGCUUUAUUGAAGUCUUCCUUAUCUAAACCCAGGAAAACAGAUUCUUAACAGUCCAAUCAGUGGGUCUUACAUUUAUACAAAAUAUUUUACCCUGUAGCUAGAAUCCACACGCAUGCACAUAUCCUAUUUAUUUGGUUGGGGUGGUAAUUAGGAUAUCUAAAAUUCUGGGUAUAAUUUUGUUUAACGAAUCCGAGACAAAAACUAAACUUUGCUAGGUGUAUAAGCUAUUCUCAGUGAGUUAAUACUCUUUUUUUCUUAAAAUGCUGAACUGAAUGGCUGUCUGAAAAUUGUGCAAAAUACUGAUAUUAAGGAGUGCUGAAAAUUUUUUUAUGUCACUUAAAAGUUAAUCAGGGUAUCUGAAAGAAAUUUUUAUAAAAACAUUCGAAAUAUAGGUUGUCACAGAGUAAACAGAUUUUUAGUUGUUAGUCUUUUGUAUUUCCUUUUGUAAAGUAAAAUAUGUCCAAAACAGUCAAAGUAAGUAAUUUUGACAUUUCUAAACCACAAAAUUUGUUUCAUAAUUGUAUCCCAAGAAAGCGGUAGUUUAUCUGUUUUUAGAUUAGAUGGUCUCCAUUGGACAUUAUGCAUGGUGACAGCAGAGACCCUUUGUGCCCACAGUUGUUGGCAAUCUGUACUCCCAUUCUGCCAGGAUUUGUUCCAUGGUGUAAAGUAAGCAAGUAACCGAUAGGAGUGGUUCAGGGGCUAAGCCUUAGAAUGUAGCAUGGGACGACAGUACCUUUUUAAAGGACUCAAUUGGACAGACACCAUCUGACCUGCCGUGGAUAUGAGUUUUAAAAUGCCUUUUUGGCUUGCCUUGUAUUAGCUCUUCCCUCAAACACAGAGAUUCCACUUAACCCUAACAUAAUGGAACCACCAUGGGUCAUGUCACAAGUGUCCAUAAUGAUCUUCAACUCUUAAUUUUAUUCUGUAUCUGAAGGACAAAAUCUAAGUCACCAAGAGGUCAGUAUUCCAGAAAAGUAGAAAGUGUCCUAAACUUUGUUCUUUUAUUUGUCCCUUGUUUAUUUCAGUGUUUGUAUUUUUGUGUGAGAUUCUUACAUGUAUCACUCUGAUUAAAUCUCCAGCUUACCAUGAAUGAUACCCUAAAUUCUAAAGAACAAUUGUAAUUGUUGCUGUGUAACUUUAAGGAAAAGUAAGGGAAUAAACUUUCAUCUGCUGUUUCGUUGGAGUCAAGUAUUUAAGAGAAGGGAGAAAGGAAAGUACUGAAUCUUUCAAAAUGGAAGAUUAAUUUUAAACUUAAAAGUAUGUUCCUAUUACCUAUUGAUGAUACUAUCUUUGCAUAAAUGAAUAAAGCUUUUUUUCAAAA